AUGGCGGAGAAAAGCAGUGCCGCGAAAAACAAGCGUGCAGCUAUAUUAGCUGCGGCGGCUCGAAUUGUUGAAAGGUCCGGUGCAGCGCAUCUAACCAUAGACGCGGUGGCGACAGCGGCGGCGGUUUCCAAAGGCGGGGUGUUGUAUCACUUUCCUUCAAAACAGGCUUUGCUUGAAGGCAUGCUGGAGUGCCUUGUCGAACAGAUAACAACGCGCACACGUACUUACCGAGAUGCCAACGCUGACGAAAAAAACGUCGCACUGAUCGCCAGAAUCAUCGAACAGCACGAGCAGACGCCUGAGCAAAAAGCGAUGUCUCGAGCAAUCCUUGCUGCCGCGGCAGAAAACCCCGAGAUGCUUACGCCAGCGCGGCAGGAAGUUCGCACAGCUUUCAAAGAAGCUGGAGAUGGAAGUGAAGCACUGGAGAUAGGUUGGAUUCUGCUGUUGGCGGUUGAAGGUCUGCGCUUCCUGGAGAUGCUGAAGUUAUUGCCUCUGUCGCGUGCAGAGCGCAAUGGCCUGCACAAACAAUUGCUCGAACUUGCCAAGGCGGAAGAACGUUUGGAUAAGAGCAGAAUUUUCGCACCCUUCGAUGCUUUUGUGGCCCGUAGAUAUGUAGACAAUCGAACAAAAGUCAGAAACGGCGACAAAAUUGUUCGUCUUUCAGAUCUAAGUGAACUAAAAGUUAUUGUUAGUCUCUCGGAAGAGUUGGUGGCAACGGUUACGCCUGAACGUGUGAUAUCGAUGACCGCAACAUUCGAUUUUCUGCCCGGACAGAAAUUUCCGUUGACCUAUCGAGAAAACACUGGAGAAGCAAACGCUGUGGCGCAAACGUUUAUGGUGACAUUCACCAUGGACAGGCCUCCCCAGAGCAAUCUUCUACCGGGCAUGACUGCGCUCGUACAAAUUGCGCUUAAAGCAGACAGUACUCAAUUACAGAUCGCAAUUCCCCCGACUGCCCUUGUCAGUGCCCCUGAUGGUCAUUUCUUUGUAUGGAUAUAUGAUCCCGAUACUCAGAGCGUGAGCCGGCGUAGGGUUAUCCUUGCAGAACCCGGAGGGCGAGGAAUAGGCAUCGCCGACGGUCUCGAAGUCGGUGAGCUGGUGGUUGGUGCAGGUGGCCUCUAUGGUAUCGACAAGGUUGGACGCCUUGAGGAUCCUAAAUUUCCACUCAAGCAGGCUUAUGUAGUUACUGUUUAUCCAGGCGCUUCUGCGACCGAAACUGAGCAGGAAGUCACUGACGUAAUAGAGGCUGCCUUGCAGGAGUUGCCUUAUAUCAAGCGGCUUACGUCAAAGUCGCUGCCGGGUCGAUCGGAAGUUCAGGUUGAGAUUCAAGAGCGCUACGACGACGACGAUGUGCAGCAGAUAUGGGAUGAGCUGCGUCGACGGGUCAGUGAAGCGGCUAUGCGGCUGCCACCCGGGACUCAAGGUCCCAUCGUCGAAGAUGAUUUUGGCGAUGUCUACGGCAUUCUCUAUGCCGUAUUCGCAACGGGCUAUCUUGAAAAUGAAAUAAGUGAUUUUGCCCGUCUGCUGGAAACGGGUCUGAACACCGUAGAACAUGUUGCCAAAGUCAGUACUUCGGGCGUACCGGAAGAGGCGUUGUUUGUAGAGCUUAAUCACGAACAGCUGGUGCGCCUGGGGUUGCCGACAGAUGCAGUCUUUCGCAGCAUCGGCGAGGAAAACCAGGUGAUGCCUGCAGCGUCGGUAGCCUACGGAGAUCGACGCUUGCGACUGGCCCAUACCAAUGCGUUUGAAACCGAACAGGCCAUUGGUGAAAUGCGCAUCGGUCGCCCUGGUUCCAUCGAGUUUGUGCGUCUGGGCGAAGUUGCCACAAUCCGCCGCGGUCCAGUGGAGCAACCUUCAGAGAUUAUCCGCCAUCAGGGUCAGCGGGUCUUUACCGUCGGAGUCUCUGUUGUAGAUGAUCAGAACGUAGUGGAAGUGGGUAGGGCGGUGGAUCGGCGAAUGCGCGAGAUACUAGACACUUUACCUAUCGGUGUAACCUAUGAACCAAUCUAUGCCCAGCACACAGUGGUUGAAGAUUCGCUCACCGAGUUUCAAAUCAAUCUGGGUCUUUCCAUUCUGACAGUGGUCGCGGCCUUGUGUGUAUUUAUGGGUUGGCGUGCUGGCACUGUUGUUGGCAGUGUGUUGUUACUAACGGUUCUGGGUACAGUGUCCCUCAUGACGUUUGGCGGAAUAGAGCUUCAGCGCAUCUCUCUGGGAGCUCUGAUGAUCGCCAUGGGUAUGCUUGUGGAUAACGCUAUUGUGGUGGCUGAAGGUAUGGUCACCGGUGUGCAGCGCGGUUUGUCAGCAAGGGAAUCUGCUGCUGCAUCGGUGCAGCGUACCGCUUUUCCAUUGCUGGGCGCUACCGUCAUUGGCAUUGCGGCAUUCGGCCCUAUUGGGCUCGCUGACGAUAAUCCCGGACAUUUUCUUCGAUCGCUUUUUCAGGUUGUGGCUAUCUCGCUGCUGCUCAGCUGGGUGCUGGCAGUUACUGUUGGGCCACUGCUUGGCAGUUACCUGCUGAAAGCCAACACAGCACAUUCCGAGAACGCGCUUUACAGUGGUUGGGGCUACGCACCUUAUCGGCGUUUGCUGGGAUUUAGUUUGCGCCAUGCCUGGCUCGCCACCCUGGUUCUAAUUGCAAUAACCGUAUCAUGCCUGGCUGGGUUUGGGUUUGUUAAACAGGGCUUUUUCCCAACCACAAAUUCCCCGCUUCUGUUUGUCGACAUGCGGUUGCCGCAAGGCAUGGAUAUUCGUUCUACCGCGGCAGAAGUUGAACGGCUUGAACCAUUGCUGCAAGCAGAUCCUGAAGUGGUUGCGGUGACUGGUUUUAUUGGCCGCGGUACUACCCGUUUCUCUGCAACUGUAAGACCUGAGCAGCCUAACCCCGCCUACGCACAACUGGUGUUAAGGGUUAGAGAUAUCUCUAACAUUGACACGACCAGAGUACGUGUGGCUGAACUGCUGCAGAGUGAAAGCGUAGACGCCGAGUUGGCUGUCAGACGCACUGAGUUUACGCCGAGUGGCACGUCAAAAAUUGAAGCGCGUUUUUCAGGACCUGAUGCCCAUGUGCUGCGAGCUCUUGCUGAGCAGGCUUUAAACGUUUAUCUCACCCACGAUCUGAUUGAUCGAAAAACAGACUGGCGACAGCGUGAACUGACACUCUCUCCCCGAUUUGAUGAAAGCCGCGCACGUCAGGUUGGCAUCAGCCGCAACGAUCUGGCCACAGCCACGGCGUUCUCUACUACCGGCGUACGGAUUGGGACUUAUCGCGAUGAAGAUAAGUUGUUACCGAUUGUCGCGCGCGCCCCUCGCGCGGAGUUGAGCGACAUGCGAGCUGUGCAGGAUCGACAAAUCUGGAGUUCAGUGCAACAGGCCUAUGUGCCCUUGUCUCAGGUCAUUACCGGUGUUGAGCUGGAUGCGGAAGACAGCAUGAUUUUCAGGCGCGAGCGAACCCGCACAAUUGCGGCCCAGGCCAACCCGCCGGUUGGGCGUAAUGCCAGCCGGGUUUUUGAAGCCAUCAGGGGUGAAGUUGAGGCCAUCUUUCUGCCGCCGGGCUAUCAGUUGGAAUGGGGGGGUGAAUACGAAGCUAAUCUGGAAGCUAUGACGACGCUGACCAGCAAAAUUCCAAUGGCCCUGGGGAUAAUGCUGAUAGUUACCGUGCUUAUGUUUGGCAAGAUAAAACAGCCGUUAGUCAUUUGGCUUACAGUACCGAUGAUCAUCUGCGGCGUUGUUGUGAGCUUGCUGGCAACAGAUCUUGCGUUCACUUUUCCCUCCUUUCUCGGAUUUUUAAGCUUGUCCGGGAUGCUGAUUAAAAACUGUAUCGUCCUUGUUGAUGAAAUUGAUAAACGCCUGCUGGAAGAUGACUGGUCGCUAGAGACGAUCGCCGCUGCCUGUAUCAGUCGUCUGCGGCCUGUAAUGCUUGCAGCAGGCACAACCAUCGCCGGUAUGUCGCCAUUGUUGAGAGAUGCUUUCUUUCGGGAAAUGGCGGUUUGUAUUAUGGGUGGUUUGGCAUUCGCCACAUUGCUGACACUGAUCGCUGCGCUUAACUCGGUGUACGCAGAUGAGGUGUUGCGUGUGACGCCGGAUGGGUUGGAUACAGCUGGCCUGUUCAAGAAGGCAAACAAAGAACGAUUUCGAAAAAAUCGAGAUGCAGGUGAUCGUAUUUCGCUGGAUUUCUGGCUAGAUACUCGACACACAAACGCGUCGGUCUCUUACGACACUGGUUUCUAUCGCAUCGCGAUAAUGUCCUCGGCGGGAGAAACAUCAUACGCUUACGGUCAAUUCCACAUCGUGUUGAAGAACAUCUAUGGCCAGUGGAAAAUCGUACAGGAUUGGGACACUGCGGCGAUUGGCGGUCGACCCAUUACGGCAGACGAUUUCAAGCGGCGGCAGCCUGGUGGCAUCAGCAUAGAAGAACUGUUUGCCGGACGUGAUAUCGACAUCGAAGCCAUGUAUACGCGCAUGAAAACCUUGAUGGAUGAAGAGGGCCUGGCUUAUGGUCGGCGUACUCACACCUAUAACAGCCGCCUGGCGCAGGAGCUGGGCAAGUGGGCGGAUACGCAAACGGGUGGCUAUGCUGUCCACGACGCUUUGUAUAAAGCGUACUUUGUUGACGGGCGCAAUAUCGGCGAGCCUGAUGUGCUUGUUAAUAUCGCUGCCGAUGUGGGCCUGCCAGCCGACGCGGCUCGGGAGGUACUUGAGACCCGCAGUUUCAAAAUGGCGGUAGAUGCGGAUUGGGCUAAAUCACGGCAGUAUGGCGUGACCGGUGUCCCCACAUUUGUCGCCGGUGGCUACGGCGUUGUAGGCGCGCAGCCUUAUGAGACCCUGGCAUCGCUGAUGGAGCAGGGGCCUAUGAGCAUUGACGAAAACGCCGAUAUUGAAAACUGGAUCGCGCAAGAGAUCCCGGAAGACGUCAUUGAACCUGACUUGCCGAUUAUCGAUCCGCACCAUCACCUAUGGGAUCUGCGUAACCGUAACGGUAUGGGUUUUCGGCAGGAGGUCUAUCUGUGUGAGGAAAUCAGUCGGGACAUUUCUGCCAGCGGCCAUAACAUCGUACAGACAGUAUUUGCUCAAUGCGGCGCGUUUUAUCGCAGCGAUGGUCCGCAAGAGAUGCGAUGUGUUGGGGAAACUGAAUUUGUUCAUGGUAUUGCUGCCAUGAGUCGUUCAGGGAUCUAUGGACCAACACGAUUGUGUACCGGCAUCUUCAGCACUGCAGAUCUUCGUGCAGGUAGCGAUGUGGCUCGAGUGCUGGAGGCACAUUUGCACGCCAGUGAGUAUUUUCGCGGCGUCCGUACCGCAUUCCCUUCUGAUCUGAACGACAACUUUCUUAAAGGGUUCGCCCAGCUUGAGAAAUACAACCUCAGCUACGACAACUGGUCGCCAGACUUUUCACGGUUACCAAAACUUGCCGAACUUGCAAACAGAUUUCCGGCGGUGACAGUCAUCGUCAAUCACCUGGGUGGCAGGAUUGAUCCCAAUGCUGAUGAUGCUGAGUUGAAGGCAUGGCAAGCUGCGAUUGAUGCGGUUGCGGCCUGCUCAAAUACGGUGAUGAAGCUUGGUGGCGUCCGCGCCUUGGAGUUCUGA